AUUAUCUUUUAUCAGUCUUUGCUUGAUUUUCUGAUAAAGCAUCUACGUGUAAAAAUACAGCAUGUGUUCCAAAGAAACCGUUGAAUCUCCGCAGAAUAAUAUGGAGCGAAAAACUUGGUCAAAAAGUAUUGACUUUGUACUGACUAUGUUUGGAAUGUCAAUCGGACUUGGAAACGUCUGGAGGUUUCCUUAUUUGUGUUACAAAAAUGGAGGCGGCGUAUUUUUGAUCGCAUACCUUGCGGUACUUCUGUUCGUCGUAUUGCCGACAAUCAUCCUGGAGUUGGCUGUUGGGCAAUACACGCGUGACAGUGCAAUCAGAGCAUGGCAGAUCAUACCGUUAAUGAAAGGUAUUGGACAUGCCACUUGCGUCAUUUUAGUUUAUUCUGAUAUAUAUUAUCCCGUUAUAUUGGCAUGGGCCUUGCGUUGGCUAGUUGCUGGAUUUUCCAUUGAUUCACCAUGGACAUCAUGUAACAAUACUUGGAACAAUGACGACUGCAUACCAUUGUUUCAAGAAGAAAUGAAUUUUACUAAGAACCAAGCAAGACUACAAAUUCCAGUAAAUUCUUCAUUGAAUAAUGUUUCUAGCACUGGAGUUGGGCUGUCAUCUGUUGAGGAAUUUUGGAAAAUUAAUAUUCUUUCACUUUCGGGUGGACUAGAAGAAUUUGGAAACAUCAAAUGGGAUUUGGCUCUCUGUCUUCUUGUGAUUUGGAUUUUUAUAUAUUUUUCUGUGUGGAAAGGUAUUAGAUGGACGAGUAAGGUAGUGUAUGUAACAGCAACUUUACCGUUGGUUAUGAUUGUAAUCGUUUUGGUCAGAGGCGCAACUUUAGAAGGAGCAUCAGACGGAAUUCAACAAUAUUUGCGUUCAAAUACAACGAAGCUAUUAGAAGUUGAGGUAUGGACUGAUGCUGCUUCUCAAGUCAUGUACUCAUUUGUUGUUGGAUGUGGUGCUCUCACAACGUUAAGUUCUCAUAAUCAGUUUCAUCAUAAUUUAUUGAGAGACGCUGCGAUUGUUUCCUGUGCUAAUGCAAUCACGAGUUUUACAUCAGGUUUUGCUAUAUUUUCUGUUCUCGGGCAUCUAGCACAGGUUAAGAAUACGAGCGUUUCCGCCGUAGCUGAGUCAGGACCUGGACUGGUGUUUGUAGCAUAUCCUACUGCUCUCUCUUUCUUGCCGUUGCCAAAUUGUUGGAUUGUGUUAUUCUUUCUCAUGUUAAUACUUCUCGGAUUGGACUCAGUGUUUGUGAUUCAAGAUGGUGUGAUAGAGUGUUUGAAAGAUUUAUUUCCAAAACUGUUUCGACAUAAGUGGAACCAUGAAAUUGGGCAUGCUGUUGUUGGAUCAAUAAUGUUCUUGCUUGGUUUAUCGAUGGUCACGCCGGGAGGAAUAUACAUAUUUCAUGUUAUCAAUACGUACUCUGUGGCGGGAUGGUGCAUCUACUUUAUCGUAGUUUGCGAAUGUACCACAAUUGCAUGGUUAUAUGGAGCCUCCAAAUUUUGCAGAAAUAUUCAGAAUAUGGUGGGAAUGAGAAUACCUCGUAUUUGGCUCAUUCCAAGCUGGACAUUUAUUGCACCGUUAUCAGUAUCGGUUUUGAUGUUCUACUCGCUGUAUCAGUUCAAGCCUUUGACUUACGACAGAACCAAUAUUUAUCCAACAUGGGCAAAUGUAAUCGCGUGGUGCACAGCUUUCAGUUCUGUUUUAUGCGUUCCGGCUAUUGCCGCGAAAGUUGUUUGGAAUCAAAAAGGCAAAUCAUUUCGCGAGAAACUGCGCAAUGCAACGACACCCCGUGAGUAUCAUCAUAACCGGUGUAGUCGGUGUACUGUGGAUGGAGAGGGUAAGAAGCUUUCGUCCGCGGCCAAUCAAACUCAGAGCUCCACAGAUAUAUGAAUGCAGUUCCAAUUUAUACCGUAUAUAUGUAUAUAGUGACAUACACUGCUAGCAACACUUCAGACAGAUUGAAAAUAAAAUAACUAUGUUCAAUCAAUGCUUAGUUUUAGAUCGGUGCUAGAAGAUUGGACGAUGUAAACAUGAUGACAAACUCGG